AUUGUUUUUCAUACUCCCUUCUCUGUUUUUGGGUUCCAUCUCUGUCCACUUGCCUUUUUUUCUCACCUUUUCCUCCCUCUCAUGCGCUCCCGAUUCUCUCUCUCUGCACUCUAUCCACCACUACUACUACUAUUUCUUUCACAUCGCCCUCUCUCUAUCUACUUUCUCUCUCUAAAAUCCUUGAAUUCGUAAGCAGUAACAGAUUCUUUCUUUGAAGAGACGAUGAAAAGUACCAAAACCAAAACCUCAAUGAAAAACCAUAUUCUCCUGAUUCCUCUCUAAUCUUGCUAUUUCUCAUUGCCCAUCACAUCGUCUUUUUCAUUUUCUCUCUCUAAAGUUAUAUAUAUGCUCACCAUCUGCAACGUUCUUUGGCGAUCUCCUAAAGCUGUGCCCUAAAUUGCCAGACUUUUUUCUCUCUGGCAUUUUGUACCAUCAAGGUCUCAGCUCCGAACAAUUGUAGGGUUUUUAUAGAUUUUUAAUUUAUUUUUUGGAUGGAUUCGGAGGACGAUAUGCACGACGCCAAUGAUGCCGAGUCCGUUGACGACUUCUACAGCGGUGACACGUACAUGGACAGUGACAAUGACGAUGCUGCCGAUUACGAGUUCUUGGAUAACGACUCUGACAACUCCGAUGACAUUUCCUAUAAUCGCCAACAGAAAAAUUAUACCGUUCUGGAGGGAGAAGAUAUUUGCAAACGUCAGGAGGAUGACAUCAGAAUAGUUUCUACUGUCCUUUCCAUAUCAAAAAUAGCUGCAAGCAUCCUGCUUCGCCACUUCCAUUGGAGUGUGAGUAACGUGCAUGAGGCAUGGUUUGCUGACGAAGAUAGAGUUCGCGAGGCUAUAGGCUUGUUGGAGAAGCCAGUUCAACUUUUAAACACUAGAGAACUGACUUGUGGCAUCUGUUUUGAGGCCUAUCCUCUUGAUAAGAUUAAAACUGCUGCCUGUGCUCAUCCUUUUUGUACUGCAUGCUGGACAGGUUACAUUAGCACAUCCAUCAAUGAUGGCCCUGGAUGUUUGACACUGAGAUGUCCGGAUCCAUCUUGUGGUGCUGCUGUUGGACAAGAUAUGAUCAAUAUGUUGGCAUCUGAUGAAGAUAAGGAGAAGUAUUCUCGCUACCUUCUUAGAUCAUAUAUUGAAGACAAUAGAAAGACCAAGUGGUGUCCAGCCCCAGGCUGCGAGUAUGCCAUUGAAUUUGUUGUUGGCAGUGGAAGCUAUGAUGUCAUUUGUCGUUGCUCAUAUGGCUUCUGUUGGAAUUGUACAGAGGAAGCUCAUCGCCCGGUGGAUUGUGGUACUGUGGGCAAGUGGAUUAUGAAAAACAGCGCUGAGUCUGAAAAUAUGAAUUGGAUACUAGCUAAUUCCAAGCCUUGUCCAAAGUGCAAGCGACCAAUUGAGAAAAACCAAGGUUGUAUGCACAUUACAUGCACGCCACCUUGCAAAUUUGAGUUUUGCUGGCUAUGCCUUGGUGCGUGGUCGGACCAUGGUGAAAGGACAGGUGGCUUCUAUGCAUGUAAUCGUUAUGAAGCAGCAAAGCAAGAGGGAGCGUAUGAUGAAACUGAGAGGAGGAGGGAGAUGGCUAAGAACUCUCUAGAGAGAUAUACUCAUUAUUAUGAACGGUGGGCAACCAACCAGUCGUCAAGGCAAAAAGCUCUAGCGGAUUUGCAACAAAUGCAAACUGUUCAUCUUGAGAAGCUUAGUGACAAACAGUCUCAACCGGAGUCACAGCUAAAGUUCAUUACGGAGGCCUGGUUACAGAUUGUUGAAUGUAGGCGAGUGUUGAAAUGGACCUAUGCAUAUGGGUACUAUUUACCUGAGAAUGAACAAGCCAAGAGGCAAUUCUUUGAGUACUUGCAAGGUGAGGCUGAAGCUGGUUUAGAAAGGCUUCAUCAAUGUGCUGAGAAGGAUUUACAAACGUAUCUCACUGCUGAAGGCCCUUCAAAUGAUUUCAAUGAUUUCCGUACAAAAUUAGCUGGAUUGACUAGUGUGACUCGAAAUUACUUCGAGAACUUGGUUAGAGCAUUAGAGAAUGGUCUAUCGGAUGUGGAUUCCCAAGGGGCUUGCAGCAAGACAAUAAACUCAAAAAGCAUAGGAGGGGGUGGCAAGGGGAAAGGUGGGAGGGGAAAGGGAGCUUAUUCUCGGUCCAGUGGGCCAAGCAGAAAUUCGGAUUCAGAUGGUUGGUCAUGCGAUCAAUGUACUUUUAUGAAUGCCAGGUCUGCAACCACAUGCCAGAUAUGUCACCAGCGACGAUGAAAUAAUACCACAAAACCGGUGGGUCUCACUUGGAGAGUAUACUUGUGGAAGGAAGGAAGAAAGAAGAAAAGGCAAGUUUGAGAAGGCAUUCCUGGGCAUAAAAGGUUUGCUGGCUUGAUCCUUUUGACUGAGGUUGUUAAUUGAAUGAAAUGGAAGGGAAAAAGAAUGACGAAAAAUGAGAAAAUAGCAUCCACAUUUGUUUUUCUUGUGUGUGUUAGAAGUACCAUGUAAUGUUCUCGUGUAUAUAGUUUCUAUCCAUAAUCAAUCAAGUUACUUAACAAGGUUCCUGGACUUGUUUAUGUUACCUGAUUUAUGUAUGUAACACAGUGCAAAGGAAAAUGCACAUCUAUUUGUUCCUAGUCUUUGUAGAAUGUAUAAUGAAAGACAUUUUCCAACAACAGUCUUUGCAGAUAUUGAUAAAAUGACAAAGGAUGACUUUUCAUUAA